AUGGAACAUACUCUUAAAUGCAACGUUCUCAAGUGUCGGAAAGAGCUCAGUGACCAGGCCUUGGUCACCACGUGCAGCCACAUCUUUUGUGUAGACUGCUCUAAGCGUCAUGGCUUGACGGGCCAAGCUCAGGUUCGCCGCAAGUCGUGCCCGGCUUGUGAAUGCCAGCUCAACAAUCCAGACGACGCUGUGGUGACCAACUUGAACCUGACCGAAGACUACAAAACCAGCGUUCUCAGCGGGCUAAGCCCCAACAUAAUCAUGGAAUGUGCAGGAAGGGCUCUGAGCUUUUGGGCCUACCAGACAACCCAAGAAGUUAUAUACCAGCGCUAUCUCGAAAAGACGCUGACGGAGAAGCUGAAAACCCUAAACACCAAAUUCGAAAAGACGGUGGGUGAUGCGAAUGCCGACAUUUCGAGUCUCCAGGAAAAGAUGCGAGCUCUCUCAGAUGACUACGACGACAUGCGACGGAAACACGAAGAACUUGCGCGUUCCUACCAAGACAAGUGCCGCAAGCUCACACAAGUUCAGGAACUCUACGACAAGGUCAAGCGGAAAGCCGAGUUGGGACAGAUGGAGGCUGCCGCCUCGGAUGCAGUUGACUCCAACCUUCAAUAUGACUUACAAUUACCGGCUUUUGAGUUUCCUGAACCCGCAGCGAGGCAAAACAUCUACGAAUCGCAGUCGCAGUCUGCGUACAACAAUGCACAUUCCUACGUCGGGCCGGAAAGGGGACAUCGAAGACCUCUUGCUGGCGGAGGAGGUUCCGGGCCGCUUCGCGACGACAGAGCUUGGUCAAAACCAGGACCUGCGCAAGGUAAGCCGGAUAUUAUUAACAUGCGACGCAACUGCACGCUGACAAAAUGCGAAGGCGGCAUCAUGAGCACCCCACGAGGUACACCCCGAGGACAUGGCAAUGGCAGCCAUGAAAGGUUCGGGCUAUCGAUUGCGUCCGGGCUGGGAACGGGAACGGGAACACCAAUGCCUCGCGGUCCUUCGGAGAGCCUCCCACUUGUAAGACACCCGCCCAUAUCGCGUGGGCGAGGUCUUGGAGUUGGCCUCUCUUCCGGUAUCCGGACUGGUCAUACCAGUCACAGUGGUCAUGGCUCUGCGGGACGCGACGAAACGGAGCCAUAUUUUUAUCGUAUUUCUUCCAUCCCUCGCCUCUGA